GUGAUCUGCUGACUUUGGCAGCAGUGACUUUGUCUUCUUCUGGAAGAGGAAGAUGACACUAUAGGAAGGGGGUGAUCUGCUUUAGAGUCGAUCAAAAGAAACCCAGUGACAACUAGAAAAUGCCCCGAAGAAAACAAUCGAAUCCACAGCCCGUUAAAUCGGGAUCUGAAGAAGCCACUGGAAUUGGUCAGCCAGAGAGCCUGGUCCUGGAGGGUGAUUUCCUCCUUGGGCAGGACUUUGGAGAGAAUGACUACAGGAUCAUAGGAUUUGAACGAGACUCUGAUUCGGUGACUGCUGACAUGGGAAUUCCAGCCUAUUCCUUCAGCGAUGAGGAGUGCUCCAGUUACAACCGCCUCAGCAUGGAGAGUGACUUUGAGGACCCCCGAGACACAGAGAGUGAACGGGAGGAGAUGGGUGGAGACUCAGCCUUCACUCCUUACCUCUCUUGUAGGCAGUGUGGUCAGCUCCUUGGUGACCCUCUUAGUGGAGACCUCGAUAUAGUGGGGCUCUACUGCCUUCAAUGUAGUGGUGAACAAAGGGGCAUGCUUCAAGAGCAUGAUCAGGAAGAAGAAAAUCUUUUUGCCCAGGGCUCUCAACAGAAUGAGCACAAAGCAGGAUCUACCCCGAACGGCAACUCUUACAAAACCUACUCAUGCAAAUUGUGCAGCUUCACAUCACGCUACUCUAACCAUUUAAAGCGGCACAUGAAAACGCACAAUGGCGAGAAACCCUUCCAAUGCCAGCACUGUGCCUAUGCCUCGGCUCAGCUGGUUAACCUACAGAGACACGUACGCACACACACUGGGGAGAAGCCAUACAAGUGUGAUUACUGUACAUUUGCCUGCAACUCCCUUGGUAACCUGAAGAGGCAUCAACGUAUGCAUACUCAGGAGAAGUCCAAUAAGUGUAGCCAGUGUGAUUUCCUCGCAGAUAGCAGUCUCACACUAAAGAAACAUAUAAUGACUCACCAGAAGGAUGCAUGCCCAGCUACGAUGGAAGAGACUAUAGUGUCUGAUCUGAGUCUACACAUCAGUGCUGAUAGUCACCCACCUACCCUGCUGGAGGCUGAAGGUCUGGAUCAGGGGUCAGAGGCGCUGACCGAGCAGCUCUUCCCCUUCACGUGCCGUGUGUGUGGCUCCACACUGGAAAAGGAGGAGGCACUUGACUCGCACAUCUGCAGGAAGUGUGCCCUGGACAUGUUAGCAAAGAGCACACCCUCCAGCCCUGAGAAAGAAGACAAGCUCUAUUCGUGCACUUCAUGCCCCUUUAUCACACAGUAUCCCAACCACCUAGCACGCCAUAUGAAGACUCACAGCGGCGAGAAGCCGUACAAGUGCCCGCAGUGCAGCUACGCCUCUGCUCACUUUGACAACCUGAAGCGACACCACCGCGUACAUACAGGAGAGAAGCCUUAUAAGUGCCCCCUAUGUGACUAUGCUUGUGGCAACCUGGCCAAUCUGAAGCGGCACGAGCGCAUCCACUCGGGUGCCAAGCCCUUCCAGUGUACUGUGUGCAGUUACAGCUGCAACCAGAGCAUGAACCUAAAGCGCCACAUGUUGUGUCACACUCGGGAAAAACCCUUUAAGUGCCAGGAGUGUGCCUACACCACAGGCCACUGGGACAACUACAAAAGGCACCAAAAAAAGCACAGCCGCUCCACUGAAGGCUGGAUUAAGAUGUCGUUGCCGAAAAAGGAAGACGAGGAGGAGGAGGGGGAGAUGUAG